UUAACAAUUUCGGAAGUUAUCAAUUCACAUCAGAUUAAAUAUGCUUAAUUUUCAUGUAAUCGACAUGAAGCUAUGUUUUUCAUUCAUUUUCAAGGAAAGUUUGAUUUAUUUUUUGGAUGAACGUUUAUUGGAAAAUAAUUGACAACUAUACAUAUUUCGGAUAGAAUGAAAGAAUAACUAUAUCGGAUAAAAAAAAUCUUAAGUCUUUCAUUGAAAUAUGCAAACUUCUUUGUAAUAAACUUGGAAAAAGAUGGCCUAGUAACAACUAGAAUAACAUCUUUACAUGUAAAGGUAAACGUUAUAAGGGUAAAAGUGUGGACAAAUGUGAACAAAAUUCACCAUGUUUUCUCGACUGGCAAAGUUCAGACGCACUGGUGAGGAAUAUGAAGAUCUGGACAGGGUUGAAAUGGACAUCACAGAGCCUGCAAUGAGACGCUAUGCAGGGAUUGGGGAAGGAGAAGCCCCCAGUUCAGAGCAGGCGGCACAGGAGGAUGUCAGGAAGGAGCCAAAGGAAGAGACAUUCACGAUCCAGCAAGCCAUAGAUAACAUUGGGUUUGGAAAGUUCCAGGUCAAGUUGUCCAUCCUGACCGGAAUGGCUUGGAUGGCUGAUGCGAUGGAGAUGAUGAUUCUGUCCAUUUUGUCGCCUGCCCUGCACUGUGACUGGCAAAUCAACGAGUGGAAACAGGCAUUCAUCACCACUAUUGUGUUCUGUGGGAUGAUGUGUAGCUCUGGCAUUUGGGGCGUCAUUUGUGACAAGUAUGGCCGAAGAUCGGAGCUGAUCCUGUGUUCUGUGUUCACCUGCUACUUUGGAUUCCUGAGUGCGUUUGCCCCCACCUUCAUCUGGCUUCUCAUUCUGCGAGGACUCGUAGGCUUCGGCAUUGGAGGGGCACCUCAGUCAGUGACCUUGUACUCUGAAUUUCUGCCGACAGCGUCAAGGGCAACCUGUGUCAUACUGGUAGAGAUAUUCUGGGCUAUUGGGGCGUGUUUUGAGGUGUUGCUGGCCCUGGCAGUGAUGCCCACCCUUGGCUGGAGAUGGCUGCUGGGUCUCUCUGCUGUCCCUCUUCUGAUCUUCUCAUGCUGUUGUGCGUGGUUGCCAGAGAGUGCACGGUUUGACAUGACCCGUGGUAAUCGGGAACGAGCCCUGGCAACCCUGGAGAGAAUCGCCAAGGACAACGGAAAACCCAUGCCCCUUGGAAAACUUGUGGAACCUUCUGUCCAAGCAAGCAAGAGAGGCAGUGUACGGGAUUUGUUUAUUCCUGAACUGAAGAAAACCACCCUCAUUCUUUGGGUUAUAUGGCUGGUGUCUGCCUUUGCAUAUUACGGCAUCGUUCUUAUGACAACAGAACUGUUUGAAUCACCAGAUGGCUGCCAUGGCACAACAAAGAACAAGUCUCCAUCAGAUCCAAGCUGCUAUGUACACUGCAAGUCUCUCACAAGGGAUGAUUAUGUAGACCUUACCUGGACCACAUUAGCCGAGUUCCCAGGGUUGUUCCUGACCGUGUUCAUCAUUGAACGCAUAGGCAGAAAGAUGACCAUGGCUGUAGAAUUCUUCUUCUUUGCAGUAUUUGUUCUCCUAGCAAAUAUAUGUACUACAAGGCCAGUGUUAACAUUUUUCCUGUUUGUUGCACGAGCCUUGAUAUCGGGGGCGUUCCAGGCUGCCUAUGUGUACACGCCAGAGGUUUACCCAACGUCAAUGCGGGCGAUAGGGCUUGGUUCGUGUAGUGGUAUGGCCAGGGUCGGUGCAAUCGUCACUCCCUUUGUAGCACAGGUUUUGCUGAAAGUGUCGGCAUAUCUGGCAAUAAGCACAUAUGGAGUUAUGGCUCUUUUGGCCACCAUAGCUGCUUGUCUGUUGCCUAUAGAAACCAAGGGUAGGGAACUGAAGGAUCACAGCCAUGAUCAUGAAGUGAGGAUCCAACCAGUGAAGACCACCAAACCAAGUUAAAGGGCUGACAGAGCCAGUAGAACCAUGAUGUUAUAGUGACUGAAAACAAUAUUAGUGGGACUGGGGGUAUACUGCCUAUUUUUUCGUCUUACACGAGAAUUGUUUAACAUGAGUAGAUAUAACAAUGUUGUACAUAUAUCUGAGGUUCUAAAUGGGUUCUUAUAUUCAGUUUUGAGAGCUUUUAGCUUCAGACUGAACAUUUAUGAAGAACUAUUUUUUUGCUCUGAUAUUUGCAUAAAUUUACUGUACGAAGUACCUUGAAAUUAAUAUAAAAAUGAGUGUAAAUAUUUACAAAAGUGGUCUUUAUCCAGUGUUAGACAUAAAUACCUCAUUCAAAUAGACACUCAGCUAUUUUUCAAAAUUGACAAUUACCAUCUCUUAGAACCACUGAUAUAAUGAACGAAGACUAGUGUUAUGUAUUUGUGUUUUAGAUAUUUACAAAAUUCCAUCAGAUAUCUUUACAAUGCACGUUUAAGUUAAUUGUGCAUGUUCCCAACCAGACAUCAUAGAAUACCUGUACUUGUAUUUCAUCUUCUUAAUGAUUAGGAGUAUAAUGAGCUUAUUAUUUAGUUGGGUUUAUGUGUUCCAAUAAUGCUAAAUGCUUAUCUAUACUGUAAGAGUAGCCAAACUUGAAAAGUCAAGACAUUAACUAUUGAAUGAACCUAUUUAAGCAAAUGUUUCAGUUGUGAAUUUUUAUAAGUCUUUUUAACCAAGAAAAUUAUUUCAUUAAGCAAAUAAGUUUUAUGUCAAUAAUGUGUCACUUGUCUUAACCUUUGCUUAAAACUGGAAAAGAUUUCUGUGGUUUCAAUUUUUCGACUGAUUAUGUUUGUACAUGUAUUAUAAUUAUAAAAAAGAAAUUAAAGAAUGUUGAGGCAUUUUGUUUAUUCUGUAAGCUAAUGGAGGAUAUUGUAAUAUCUUUUCUAUUUGGUUGUGUACAUCAAUAUACAUUUAAACCUACUUACGUUUUUUUACAUAAGCAUUCCAUGAACUAUAUAUAUUUUUAGCUUUAUAUUUUUGUGUGAACUUUUGUUAAAAAAUGGUAAAUAUUUUCUACUUUGUUAAUAUUGUUACCUCAUUUUUCUAUAUUUAUACAAUUAAUUUAAAGGUAAUCAUUUAAUCAGUUGAAUACAGAGGACUUAAUCAUCAUUGCAACAGUUUUAAGCACUUGACAAUAAUUUAUACAUACAUCAACUAUGUUAGUAGCAGCUGUAAGCUAAGACAGUAUCUGUACAGGGGUCCCAAAGUUUAGGCUUAAUCUUGUUAUUAGGAUUUAGAGUUUUUAAAACAAUUUUAAAUGGGUCAUAGCCCCUUUACCCUGCUUUUGCAUGAAACCAUCUUACUCAAACAGCCCCUGGCUUUUUUCAGGAUUGACAAUUAUCUGCUGUUAGAGCCCAUGAAUUUAUUAUGUGCUUUCUGGUGCUUCAAAGUGUAAGUUAAUGAGAUAGAAUUGAUAUAGGUCACCGUUUAAAUUUUUUGGCCCGUUUUGCAUUCCAAAUCAAAUGUCAGCGCACACAUAGCUUGGACAAAAUAUCAAUUUGUUAACGUUGUAGUAUCAAUUUUUGUCAUUUCGAACGAGUUUUAAGCAAAAGUAAAAGAAUCUGUUUCAGUGAAAUAUCUAUUUUAUUUCAUCAAGUAAACAACAAAAGCUGCCCAUUUUUAAAGAUGUUACUUUCGAUUUUCACCUGAUGAAAUCCCACUGAAACAAACAAUUAUUCGCUUUAUUCUCUCCCCUGGGAAAACAUACGUAGUUAAAAGGAGUUCUUUUUAAUGCUAACCUUAAUAUUCAGGGGUCAUGUUCAUAAAGCAUCUUUUCAACUUAUUGAAAGUACUGUUAAUUUUGACAGCAGUUAUUUUAUAUCCCCUCUUUUUCUUCAAAUUUCUUCCUAGGAAGAUAUUGUUUAGACCAUUUUCUUUCCUAUUUUUUCAUAUUUUGGGUGUUCAAACAAAGUUUUCUUCAUAUUGAAAUAAGAAAGAGGCAAUUUUCGACUUAGUUGAAAAUUGUCACUAAGAUGCCUUAAGAAUACGACCCCAGCAUUGCAUCUUUUCCAUAUUAAAGAGCUUUCAAACACAUGUUUUACAAUAUUGAAUCUCAUACAUUAUAUUUCCAUGUCCCUUUAUUUAUGAAAUGAUGCAUUUAUUUCUGAUUUCUGUCAGUCGUGUAAAGAUAUAUUUCAUAGUGUGCUUUGGGAAACCUAUAUUAAUUAAAAUGUACUCAUACGCAAUACAUGAUCGUUUCCAAGACACGGUAUCAUAAUGUUAUCAUUUGUUGAUAAACUUUUAAAAUGCGAACAUUUUUUGUUUGUGUUUAGUGGCCUGGCCUUUUGCCUUCAACCCUCAAUGUAUAACCAUAAAAUCUUGAUUCAAAAGCCACUUUUUAUAACAGAGUAAUUAUAUGUUAAGUUCACUUUUUAAAAUGAAUGUGAACUUAUUUACAUUUAUAUAUACGUACAUGAUUGUUGUGUUCACAAUAUGUUUAAAUUUAAAUUUAGACAUAGGAUUGAUACUUGACUAGAUUUUAUCUGUUCACUUUAAUUCAACAUUCCUAUAUACUUUACAUGUAAAUUCAUUCCAGCUUACUUCGUACUGUGUUCAACUUGGGACCAGUAAAACAUGUGCAACCUUCUCAUACAGUAUCAUGAUGCCAGGCUAGAAUGUCAUGGUAUUGUCAGUGGGUGCAUCAUUAUGUUUUUUUUGUUAACUUGGUCAUAACUUAAAAUCCUUGCAAGAUAUUCAAAUGAAACUUGGUACACAUGUUGACACAUCCAAUUAACACAUGUACAGCAAGGCACAUAACUCUUACUUUAAUAGUUGUUGAGUUAUUUUCCUUUCUUGACUGAAAAUUUACAGACAGGCAUUGCAACUGCUCUGCUGUGCUCUUGUUACAUAUAACUUUGACUGAUCAUCACCGAUUCAUCUUUGUCAUACUGUUGUGAUUCUUUUACUGUAACUUAGAAAUCCAUAAGAUUAUAUUCAUUUAUUGUGAUAAUUAUAGUGUAGAUGGGUAGACAAUUAAUGUUGUGAAAUGGUGUGGCCAAAAUGGUAGUUUUUAGAGUAGCAAUGGUUGUUAAACUAUAACCCUUGAAAAAUGAACAAUUAUGGUUAUUAAAAAGUAGUUAUAUUAAAAAUCUAAAAUGUUAGUAGAAAUAUAUAACUAGAGCAUUAGUAUUUAUUUUUUAUUAAGGCAAUAUAAAAAGAAAAUUUACAUGUUAAUGACAGAAGAUUAUGGUAUACAGUGCAAUCAAUGAUCAUAUCACAUACGUGUGUAUAUUGUGCGACAUAAUAUUUAUUUGAAAAUAUGAAUCUGUUAUUAUUUACAUAUUAUAUAUCAGAUUUUGUUGUUUUGAGCUGUGCUCUUUCUUGUGAUUAAUGUCAAAUAUAUACGUUGAAAACAUCA